GGUUUUGAAUGAUUCUUCUCGGAGCAUGGUAUGCUGGGAAAUGUAGUUUUUUGCUCCUUCUGGUCAUAUGGACACAGUUCCUCAAAAGAACGAUGGCUGAGAAGCAGGAGGUUGUGGAAGCUGCAGAGCAGGAAAUGUCUCAAGGAGAAUCUACAGAAGAAUCGGAGGAGGAUGAGAGUGAAGAGGAACCCAAGUUAAAAUAUGAGCGACUACUGAAUGGAGUUAGUGAAAUCCUACUAGAAGAUGCUGCAAGCUGUAUGACAGUGCAUGAGAAGUUUCUGGCACUGGGAACUCACAGUGGGAAGAUGUUUUUACUUGAUAUUCAAGGAAAUGUUACACAGAAGUUUGAUAUAAGCUCUGUCAAAAUCAAUCAGAUAAGCCUGGAUGAAAGUGGGGAAUAUGUGGGCAUUUGCUCUGAGGAUGGCAAGGUGCAGGUGUUUGGCCUUUACUCCAGAGAAGGGCUGCAUGAAAUAUUCGACUGUCCAAUUAAAAUUGUUGCUGUUCACCCUCAGUUUGGAAAAUCCAACUGUAAGCAGUUUGUAACAGGUGGCAAUAAGUUGCUGUUGUAUGAUAGAAAUUGGUUAAAUCGAUGGAAAACCUCUGUUCUACAUGAAGGGGAAGGGAACAUAACCAACAUCAAAUGGAGAGGGAAUCUUGUUGCUUGGGCCAAUAAUAUGGGAGUCAAAAUAUUGGACAUAACCACAAAGCAAAGAAUUACCAAUAUUCCCAGAGAUGACACGAGCCUUCGCCCAGACAUGUAUCCUUGUAGUCUCUUCUGGAAGGAUAACCUCACCCUUGUAAUUGGAUGGGGCAAAUCUGUCAAGGUUUGUUUUGUCAAAGAGAGGCAUGCCAGUGAAUUAAGGGAUUUGCCAAGCUGCUAUGUUGAAAUAGUUACUCAGUUUGAUACUGAAUACUACAUAAGUGGAAUAGCCCCCCUCUGUGACCAGUUUGUCAUGCUGUUUUUUGUGAAGGAAACUUUGGAUAAGUCGGACAAAAUGUUGUGUGCCAGACCACGUCUUGAUAUUCUACAGGUCCAUCCAGACUCAAGUGAGGAGAUUUCUUCAGAUGCCAUAACCGUCAGAGGCUUUCAGGAAAAUGAGUGUCGUGAUUAUCGCUUAGAAUACUCAGAAGGAGAAUCUUUAUUCUAUAUAAUCAGUCCAAGAGAUGUUGUUGUGGCAAAAGAACGUGACCAAGAUGACCACAUUGACUGGCUGUUGGCUAGAAAGAAGUAUGAGGAAGCUCUUAUGGCAGCUGAAAUUAGUCAGAAGAACAUAAAGCGGCAUGAUGUCUUGGAUAUUGGAUUAUCGUACAUAACUCAUUUGGUGGAAAAACGAGAUUAUGACAUGGCAGCAAGAAAAUGUCAGAAAAUACUUGGCAAAAAUAUGAAACUCUGGGAAGAUGAAGUCUAUCGGUUCAAGAAAAUAGGGCAACUUAAGGCAAUAAGCAAGUAUCUGCCCAGGGGAGAUUUACGUCUGAGACCUGCAAUUUAUGAAAUGAUCUUGGAUGAGUUUUUGAAAACAGAUUAUGAGGGAUUUUCAACGCUAAUUAGAGAGUGGCCGGGAGAGCUGUACAACAGCAAAACAAUUGUUCAAGCUUUAAAAGGUCACUUGAACAAGGACCCUGAGAACAGGACUCUAUUGAAGGCUCUAGCAGAAUUGCACACCUAUGAUCAGCGCUACGAUGAAGCCCUUAAUAUUUAUCUGAAACUCCGGAACAAAGAAGUAUUUGAUCUGAUACACAAGCACAACCUAUUCAGCUCUAUUAAAGACAAGAUUGUUCUUCUCAUGGACUUUGAUACGGAGAAAGCUGUGGACAUGCUUUUGGACAACGAAGAUAAAAUUUCAAUUGAGAAAGUUGUGAAUGAGUUACAGGAUAGACCGGAACUGCAGCAUGUGUACCUGCACAAACUGUUCAAAAGAGACCAUCAUAAAGGCCGGAAGUACCACGAGAAGCAAAUCAGCCUGUAUGCAGAAUUUGAUCGACCAAACCUUCUGCCUUUUCUUAGAGACAGCACACAUUGUCCACUGGAGAAGGCUCUUGAAAUCUGUCACCAGAGAAAUUUUGUAGAGGAAACUGUAUUUCUUCUAAGUAGAAUGGGCAACAGCCGGAAGGCUCUGCAAAUGAUUAUGGAAGAACUCAAAGAUGUGGACAAAGCCAUUGAGUUUGCUAAAGAGCAGGAUGAUGCGGAAUUGUGGGAGGAUCUCAUCUUGUAUUCUAUUGAUAAACCACCAUUUAUAACUGGUUUACUGAACAAUAUCGGGACACACGUCGACCCAAUACUUCUGAUCCACCGCAUAAAAGAAGGAAUGGAGAUUCCCAAUCUAAGAGACUCCCUUGUUAAAAUCCUACAGGAUUACAACCUCCAGAUCUUACUAAGAGAGGGCUGCAAAAAAAUCCUAGUAUCAGACUCUUUGUCAUUGUUAAAGAAGCUGCACAGAACCCAAGCCAAAGCCGUGCUGGUGGAUGAUGAAAGUAUUUGUGAAGCCUGCCUGUCUCCCAUACUUCCCUCAGAUGCAUCCAAGCCGCUUGGUGUAGUGGCAUUUCACUGCCGGCAUACAUUCCACAGAGACUGCUUGCCUGUUGCCAACACUAUGUCUACUCUUUAUUUCUGUAACAUCUGCUGUGCAAAAAACCGGGGACCCGGGAGUGCAAUCCUAGAGAUGAAGAAGUAAUGAGAUGUCCGGUGUUUGAUUGUAGUUCUACUAUAAAUAAUACUCAGUGUCCUCUAAUGUGUGUCUCUUAACAGCCUGUAAAUAGUUUCCCUUUAAAGCUGCCUCUGUGACAGUUUGUACCGGCCUUGAUGCUGCUUGGCUGAUAAAGAAUAAAAAACUUACACCUGA